CCUUCCCCUCUCCCUCAUCCCACACUCUCCAGCUCUCUCUCUCUCUUUCUGGUGUUAGGUUCCCCCUCUGCCUCUCCUGCUCUGUCGCAGAUUUAGCUCUCGCUACAUGCAGUGCUUCAGUUAUGUCUCUGGAUCUUUCUCUCUCAUGUUGGAGCUCCUGUAGGUGGCAGGAACGCUGGACCCCCAGUGACAUGAUGCCCAAGAGGGAUCAUGAGAGGGACCUGGAGCUGGACAAGAAGAUCGAGGCUCUCCGUAGGAAGAAUGAAGCGCUCAUGAAGAGGCACAAGGAGGUGGAGGAGGACAGGAAAAGGGCGGAGGAGGAGGGAAUGGCAUUGCAGAGCCGCAAGGGCAAAGCUGAGGAUCUGUCCAUCACAAUCAGCAAGUCUACCAGUGAUAGUCGUGUGGUGGUGACGAAGCCAUUCAGCGGUGGUUCACCAUCGGGGAAAGGACAGCAGGAGGCCGGGCCUGACAAGGGGGGAGAGGGCCCUCUGCAGGCUGCUGGCCGAGCCCACAGGAAGCAGCUAACGGUCACCAUGGCAGGCAAAAAGGGUAAAAGGGUGGUGAGUGAGAGGCCAGAGAAGAGGCUGGGCCCAGAGGACAUUAAGAGCCCUGCAGAUGAUGGACCGGCGAGGCGUGUGGAGUCAACGGGGAGGGGGAAGCAACCCCCUCACAUGACCAAGAGAGACACAACAGCACAGGAUGAGGUUAAACAAGGGCAGAUGCACAUUGAAGAGCAUCUCAGGCUUUCAGAGCAAUGCCAGGAGCCAGAGAGCCUGCAGGCGAGCACAGACCUCAACAUCCCCACGUCGAAAGAGGAGCAGGAGGAGUAUGCGCGGUGGAAAAAAGAGCGUGAGCAGAUCGACAGGGAGAGAGUGGCACGCCACAAAAACGCCAAGGGCCAGUGGAGGCGGGCAUGGGACAUGGACAAAUCUGAGAAUAUGUUUUCAGACAAAUCUCUCCCUGACAGAGACUGGGGGUCUUCCAGCAGAGGAGGACGUAAUGCAAGAAAAGGACAGUCCAGGGCAGGUCACGAAAAGCGAGGCAAAGACAAGGGAGCUAAAAACGUGCUCGUGAUGAGCAGCAAAGCAAAAGGCAUAGAUCGACUGACCGGGAGAGCCAGGAGAUGGCAGGCAAAUGAAUCCAGAGCGAACAUGCAGUCUCCUGAUACGACAUUAGAGGAAUUUUUGGAGGAACUCGACGCCCUCACAGAUGCUGAGGUUGAACAUCAGAAAGAUGAGGACUCGAAAGCGAAGCUGUCGCCCAGCCCAGACUCACUGAGCACAUCUGAGGAAGUGAGCUGGUCCACGGCAGAGGCCUCAUCCCCUCGGGGUUCAGAGAAGAAAGUACACUUUUCAGAGGAGCUCAUCCAGGGGGCUCAUACAAAGCUAACCACAGGCUCUCAGGACUCAGAAUCAAGAAGCUCCUUUAAAGCUUCCUCACCUAAAAAAAGCCAACACAAAGCGUAUGGGCCUCUUGAAAGUGCCAUGCAGGAGGAUGUGAGUCCUCAGGAUCAGGGAGAUGGUCCGUCUGCUCCUCCUGUUGAAUGUACUAAAAAAGACACUGCUGAAAAAGCCUGUGCCUCUCUACAGGAGAGCUCUGUCCAGCCUGUUGAGCUCGCCAAGUGCAACAUUAACAACACAAAUACAGAGGAACUAAUAGACUCGGGUCUGUCGGUCCUGAGCCUGGAGUCAGGAGAAACACACCCGACACACUCCACCAGCAGCGACAAGGCAAGAGAGCACGGGAAGAUUGUUUGACAUUUUCAGGAUGUAAAUACUGAAACCAAAUCACAUCGACACAGAGCCUUCGCCUCUUUGUAUUUGCAUUUUGCUUCAGGUAGCUCAUCUGAGAUACCCUGUCUAUGGCUUACACACAGAACCAUGGUUUCAAUUUGCUGUGGCACGUCCCACCUGUCUGAAAUUUGAAGGAAUGGUGAAUGUUUUUUUCCUGCUCAAAUAUUUUUUACAUCCAAGCACUUUAUGAAAGUAUUAAGUAUGUGUACUGACAUGUUAUUCAGCAUGUUAGUGCGCUGCUUGAGUGCAAUAUCAUUGAAUGUUUACAUUUGUAUGAAAAUUUCAAGGUACAUAUCUGGAGGCUAGCUAAUCAGUUACACUUAGAUAGCCCUUGAAAAUAAACUUCAGCCACAGUCAGUUUAUCGAGUGCCUGAUUCUGCCUUUAAGGGGAUUUCAAUAAAGGAAAUGAAGUCUGUAUUAUAUAUGAUGAUAAAGUAGUGAUGGACCUGCAGCAGUCUGUUUUUCUACACUCAAAACUGUUUGAGUAAAUAUUGUUUAGCUUCCAGCAUGAAUGAUCUUUCGCCAAUCAGAAAUCAAUACUCUAUUAAAGGGCACAUUUGAGACUUUUAGUCUUAUUGGCUACUGACUGAAGGUUUUUGUUUUUAAAAACAUUAAACAAAAUAGCACCAAUGAUGUCGAUGUGAUGUCAUGAAGGCAUGGGGUGUUCACCAGGCAGAGAGGAUCUAAUGAAGAAUUGCUAUCAAGUUGGAUUGUAGGAAAUGUAGUACCCAGGAGCUUGACCCAUACCAGAGACUUAAAGGGAUAGCUGUAUGAAAUACUUGCCAGCAGCGCUGUUGAUACAAAGCUAAUAGCUGACUUUCUGAGCUCUGGUGUUGGAGUUUUGGCCGGUUCUGAUCAGUUCUGCCAGGGUCACGAACUACUAGGGGUGUAACGACACAUUGAUAUUGAUCAAUAUAACGAUCCAACUGUACAAUGCAAUGCCCAAACACACAUCUUUUAUUGUGACAAUCUCCUUGUUUCUUGUUUAGUUUUGAGGAGUAAACUGAGCACACAGAUAGAACAGAUAGAAGAUCUUGGCUAUGCUCAUAACUGAAAGAUCCUCAAUCCGUGUUUCUUCAGUUCAAUCCAUAUCCGUUUGGAAAUCAAAACCAGAAAAACGAAAAAACAAGUUUGAUUUCAUGUUGUAUUUUUUAUUUUAUUUUUUUUAAGUAAAAAAAAAAGUUUAUUUGAAAUAUGCCUGUAAAAUAGGAAUUGAUUGUAAUUUCUCAUUUUUAUUUUCCAUGUCUCCCUUAACAUAAGAAGAAGGGAAAUGAAACAAACAGAAAAUUGCUGAUUGCUGAUUAUAUUACCAAUCUGUUCCAAAAUGGAAUUACAUAUGCAGACAUAUCUACGCAUCUGACUGAGAUGGGUGUGCAGAACUGCUCGAGCAUGAGUUCAGCCAUUUUGCCAUAACCCCAACCUCAGAAGAAGAACUGCGGUCAAGCCACCCCCCAGUUCGGAAAAUACAGUCAAGCCAGCCACCACUUCUUUUCACGAUGCAUGUAUUUCCUAGACAUUACGGUACCAACGUGUUAGAAUGGCCUUCAAAAUAAAAGCAGUUUUCCAGUUUAGCUGUAUUUUGAUCCGAAUCCAGAGCUCCAACACCGGAGCUCGGUAAGCUUUGAAUCUACUAAAUCUAUGAAUGAAUGAAUCUAACACUUAAUGUCCCAAAUCCCGAAUUAUCCCUUUCAAGUCUGCUACACGGCUUUAGAGCUAAAAUAUACUUGCUUUUAACUAAGUUUACGGAAACGCAUGACAUCAGGUGGCUUGGAGCAUUGGUUGUACACGUCUCCCAGAAAUAAACGCUACGUGAGGUGCAAUAUGCAUAUUACCGCUAGGAGCACUGUUAAAUAUUGACGAUCUUUCUAGCCAUAUUUUUGUCACAUAUGCAAAACAAGAGACCCAUGCCGCCCUCAUAUGAGAAUCAACAUUAUCUUCAUCUCCUCGAGUGUCACCAUGUUUGUUUACAUUUGGAAGCUCUACUUCAGUGUUUAUCACGCAGCUGGUUGUCUAUGUGUACACUUGGUUCAAAAGCAAGUAUAUUUAAUCCUUUAGACUAAUAUUUUUAUUACAUUUGUGUCUCCAAAGUCUCCAAACCCUUUAUAAGUACAGUUUUGAAUUGCUGGAGGACGCCUUUAAAGUUCACGUCCAAAAUUAAAAAUUCACAUUCUGUCUCCAACCUGUAGUGCCAUUUGUCAAUCUAGACAGUUUUGCUAUCUGAGUGCAAUAUCACUCGAUGUUUACAUUUAUAUACUUUUUUUAUUUUAGGUGAACUGCCCCUUCAUUGUUAAGCUAACAGUCAGCUGAUAGCAAAAUCCUGAUUACUGGCACUAAAAUAUGCAUCUCGACAAGUAAUGGGAAACAGAACUAAAAUCUCAAACUUGCCCUUUAACACAUUGUUAUUGUGUUCAUUUUACAGCUGAAUCCCAAUUAUCUGGUCUUCCUGGGACUCUUAUGUUCUUCUUAAUAUGGAAUUUUAAUGUCUGUUAUUGUACUAAUCUAACUAACGGACAGCAGUGACUUGAAAACAAACCUUUUUGUGAAUUCACAACUAAGUUGGGAACUAAAACAUUAUUUUCUUAAAUACUUUGGUGUUUAUAAGCAAUCAGUGUUAGGAGUCCCGGUACAUAACAGCCUCCCACUGUUUCCUCUGUUGAGGCUUUGGCCCCUGUGGGACCGACAGACCUGAUGGUCCAGCCUUUAAGUCAAAACACUGGUAUUCAGCUGCAAUUCCCUUUUGGCGUUCUUUUGUAAUUCGUUCUCUUUUAUAAUCAUGAAAGACAACUAAUAUUUUUUAAAAGCUCGUGCAGCUUUAGCCAGUUGUUGUGCCUUGCAUAUUGGCUUCUUCAGAUAUUGAAGGUGUACCUUAUUUCAUGGCUCUGUAACAUAACAUUCAGUAGUGGUAAAUCGUUGCACUAACAGUUCAGCAUCAGCAUUGUUUUAUUUAUUUGCCUCUCCAUUUGGACAGACAACAGAAUGUUACCUAGAAUGAUUUUACAAACCUAAUCGAUGUCUAUGUGCAUUAUAGUGGCUGUUUUUUUUCCUCUGUGAUAUGUAUGGAUCUGUUUUUAUUUAUUGCCAGUGUAUGGCUAUAUUUUUGGUAUCAAGUGUCAUCUAUAAUAAGAAGCCUUACAAGAACGCUGUCCUCAAAGACAGAUUUUUGGCAUUCGUCAGUGCUACAGUAUAGUAAACAGUUGCGUAACAAUAAGUAGAGAACAUAGUGGACAUGCUCUGAGCUGCGGUGCCCUGUCAGAUUCAACUGUGGUUACAUAAAAUACAAAUAAUCAGGAACUAAGUAGAAGCACACAUCAAAUCUAAGUGUGCCGUUGUUAAUUAGGGGCCUUAUUCUAUAUUAUAUAUGGAAUUUAAAUGAUAAGUGGUAAAGGAAACAUGUGUUUGUCAUACA